ACUAUUUGGACCGCAUACUGGAAAAGGACUCUAGCGACAAUAUCCGCGUUCUGCUGUUAGACAAAACCACGUCUGCGGUGAUUUCAAUGGUCACGACACAGUCGGAAUUGCUCAAGAAAGACGUGUUUCUCGUGGACAAGCUCGACAACUUCCAGAGAGACAGUCUGCGCAACCUGUCGUGUAUCUGUUUUCUCGAGCCCAGUAUGGAGACGAUUGCCAAUCUGUCGCGCGAAAUUGCCAACCCAAACUACCAGAAAUACGACCUUUUCUUUAACAAUUCGGUGUCGAACUCCAAAUUGGAACGCCUGGCAGAGUCGGACGACCUGGAGACAAUUUCCAAAGUGGUGGAGAUUUUCAUGGACUACCUCGUUGUGAACAAGGCGUUUUUUGUCGUGCCCAACGUCGUCUCGCCGUAUGGCCCGCUCGUCCGCGACUCCUGGGACCAGGCGGCGUUCGACCAGUCUCUUCAGAGCGUCAUGUCGCUGCUGCUCUCGCUCAAGUACAAGCCUGUCAUUCGCUACGAAACGAACUCGAAAAUGUGCGCCAAGCUCGCCAACGCGGUGAACUUCGAAAUCAACUCCAACCAGAUGCUUUUUGGCCAGCUGCCGUUAAGAGACUCGCCGCCGUCGCUGCUUAUCUUGGACCGCAAAAACGACCCCAUCACCCCGUUGCUCUUCCCCUGGACGUACCAGGCGAUGAUCCAUGAGCUGCUGGGAAUCCACAACAACACCGUCAACAUGUCGCGCGUCCACAACAUCUCGGAAGAGCUCAAGGAGGUGGUGGUCAACGAACAAACAGACCAGUUCUACAAAGAGUCUAUGUACCUUAAUUUCGGAGACCUCUCAGAGAGUCUCAAGAGAUUUAUCGAGACAUACAAGGCGAAAACGAAAACCAGUUCCAACAUCAGCACCAUCACAGACAUGAAGUUUUUCCUGGAAAACUACCCCGAGUUCAAGAAAACGUCCAUCAAUUUGUCGAAACACAUGCUGCUCUCCACCGAGAUCGACAAGAAAAUCAACGAGCUGCGGCUUUGGGAGGUGGGCGAGCUGCAGCAGUCGCUCGCCACAAACGAUAACAGUAGCGGCGAUCUUGCAGAACUCGAGGACUUGCUAUUUGACAGAAAAUUGCAGAACGGCGCCCCUGCGGCUCCGUUGUCCGAAGACACCAAACUAAAGCUCCUGGCAGUGUACGCGUUGCGAUACGAAUCACAUCCGUCCAACCAGCUCUCCAGACUGACUAGACAGCUGCACCAGCUCGGGUUCCCGAGCCACAAGCUGGACUUGAUUAAACACCUGCUGCAGACCAGCGGCACGUCACAGCGCCUGCACGACGACGGCGAGUCGAUCUUUGAGAAAGUGUCCAACUCGACGAUGGGAGGCACCGUCAACGGCAUCAGCUUCAAGAACAACACGGACGGAAACGUGUACAUGCAGCACAGUCCGCGGCUCAAACAGGUGCUGAUGAAGUUGUUCAAAAACAAGCUCAACACCAAGAACUAUGCGCUGCUCAAGCCCAACGGCUUGGAGGCGUACGCGGGCAACGACAAGAUCCCGGACCAGGAACUCGUUAUUUUCAUUGUGGGCGGCGUGACGUAUGAGGAGGCCCGGCUAGUUGCCGAGCUCAACCAGCUCAACCCCGGCCUGAAAAUUGUGAUUGGCGGAACACACAUACUAGACUCAGACACGUUUAUAGGGCUGAAAUGAACUAGCCGUACGACUUUUCCCAGGCAUUCAGUUUUUCUGUGAGAGAGUCCAGUUUCGUGACAGACUCGUUGUAGCACUCGAUCAGCAACUUUUGGAGCCGCAGAAUCUCGUCUGUGGAAUCCUCGCUUGUGUAGUUGAGCAGACUCCGCUUGAAGUCUUCCUCGUUCGACAGCUCGGCCUGGAUGUUGGAAACAAACUCCAUGAUGGAAAAGACCCGUCUGCGCAUCUCGUUCAUGCUAAUUUUCUGGCUUGGCAGGUUCGGCUUGAACGGCUUUUCGUCCGAGAUUUCGAUCUUGGGCUUCUUUUUGUCCUCUGGCUCCUCUCUCUUCUUCUUGCUUUUUUUGGUGCUGCUAGACGUCGACGACGAGGCCGACGACGGCGGCGUGGUUUUCUGCGGCUGGCUCAGGUUGCUAUGCUGCGUGAUGUCCUCCUCCUGCGAGUUGUCGUCCUUGACCUUCUUGCGCGACCGGGUCUCCCGCGACGCAGACUCGUUCGAAGAAGACAGGUUCACGUCGUCCGGCUGCACGCCGCUCUCCUUGGCCGAUUCCUCCAGCACCCGCUUGAGCAUCUGUUCGUACUCUGCGUCUCUGGAAUUGAGCGUGCCACGUGCGCGUUUGCGCUUCUCGCCCUCCUCCUCGCUCUUGUCUCGCUCUCGUUUGAUUUCUGGCUUGGACGCCGUCUCUGCUGCCGACGCAGGCGGCGAGCCAGACCCGGACCCAGCGCUCGCAGCGGCUUCAGCCGCAUCUUGGGCCUGCUGGCGGCGCCGGUGGCGUUUCAUCUCCUGGUACGGGUUGUACCUGCUUCUGCGGAACCCAUACUUAUCUGUGAACAGAUCGUGGUGUUGCGGCUGGCACUGUUCGCACCAGUACUUUUCGGGGGCCGUGUCCUCGUCGGUGAUGCCCACACAGAAUCCGUGCUGCCACACCGAGCACGACUCGCACUGGAUGAAAAAACCGGUGUCGACCUCUUCGAACUCGGGGCCUGCGUCGGCCGGGAUGACCAGCUCGUCGUUGCCGCAGAUGCAGCGAGUGACCUCCUCGAGCGACUCCUCGUCGUACGAGCGGUUUUCUUCUGAGUCGCCGUAAUCUUUUUGCGGCUCUGGCUGUCGUCUAGUUCUGCGAGAAGACAUAACAGAAACAAAGAAAUUAAUAGGGAAAUAAUAUUUUUGCAAUUUUUAUGUCCCAAGGUGCACGGGCAAAAGACGAGCCCAUUGACGUAGGGCCGCGCCCCAGCUUGCAAACCGAGGCCAAAACCGCCGAUAUGGGCGCUCUGGAGCCGGUCCAGAAGAAACGACGGGUCAAGAAGUUCAGGGCGACACACAAGCGCGACGAGCCUGCUCCUUCUGACGUGCGCACGGCGUCGCCGUCGCCGGCGGCCCAGAGCCUUGUCGGGCUGAACCAGGAAGAGAAGGACGAGAUAAUCCGGCAAAAAUACAACCAGCAAACGCACCACGCGCGCAAAACGCGCCGCACAGAGUCCAAGAUCUACAAGCUGCGUUCGUUCAACAACUGCAUCAAAUAUAUCCUGAUCCACAAGUACGCGCGGCCGGGAGGCAACGUGCUGGACCUGGGAUGCGGCAAGGGAGGCGACAUGGCGAAAUGGGAGGCUGUGCAGACAAAAUCGUACGUCGGCAUCGAUCUGUCGGACCUCUCGAUCAAGGAGGCGGUCACGCGCUACAAACGCUCGCGGUUCCACUUCCACGCGGUUUUCGCCACAGGAGAUGCGUUCAACGUGCCCGUUCCACAGAUCCUCAAGGACUUCCGCGACCAGGUCGAUCUCCAGUUCGACACCGUGUCGAUGCAGUUCUGCAUGCACUACGCGUUCGACUCGGAGCUGACGGUGCGCAACAUGCUGCAGAACGUGGCCCGCUCGCUCAAGGUGGGCGGCAUGUUCAUUGGAACGAUUCCGUCGUCCGACUUCAUCCGCUGGAAAAUCAACAAACUGGGCCCCGGCGAGCGCAAAUGGGGCAACUCGAUCUACUCGGUGGAGUUCCCGUCGGAGCCACCCAAGGACGCCAAGUUUGCGAAUCCGUUUGGCAACGUGUACAACUACUAUCUUGUGGACGCCGUUGACAAUGUGCCGGAGUACGUGGUGCCGUUCGAAACGUUCCGUGCGCUUUGCGAGUCGUACAAUCUGGAGCUGCGGUACAAAAAGAAUUUCUUUGAGCUCUUCAACAAGGAGAUCCCCAACUACUUCAGAAAGCUGCCCACGCCCGUUGUGGAGUCGCUGCGGCGCGAGGACGGCUCGUACGGCGUUAGCGGCGAGGACAGAGACGCGUGCUCGUUCUACCUCGCGUUUGCGUUCGAGAAAGUCGGCGCAUAGCCGGCAGCUCUAUCAACAGAAUAUAUAGACUACACAAUGGUGAACUUGCGCUUGCGCUCGUCCAAAGAAUCCUUCAGACCUUCGACCAGACUCCGCUUGAACAUCUCCACCGCCUGGCGCACGCUCAUCUCGUUGUCGCCCUCGAUCAGCAGGUACAGCUUGGGGUCUUCCUUGGCUCCAGGCUCCUUGCCCGGCCCGUAGUAGCGGCCCUUGGUGGUGAUCGACGUGCCCGUCGCCUCGACGACCUUAUUAAUGUUGUCCUUAUUGGACAUGUGCCAACGCGUGCUCUGUGGCAAGUCGUUGAUGUUCAUCUUGGCGUGGUGGAUGGCGGAGUCUGGACCGCGCUUGAUGCUGCCAAACACGACCUGGAAAUUCUUCAGCUUGUUGGACGGCACCUCUGCCGUUUCGUCGUCGUCGUCGUCGUCAUUGGUCUCGGAGCCGUUUUCGCCCUCGUAGAGCGUCCGGUCCAGUUUCUUUUUCUGCUCCCUGAUUUCGGCCAGCUUCUCCAGCCCGCGGCCACCAAACCCAGACCCGUACUUCGCCUCGCCACGCUUGAGCUUUUCGCGGAACCGGCUCGCAAUCUGCACCAGCUCUGCAGGCGGCUGCGUGCCCGACAGCUCCAGCAACCGCACUAUGUCGCUGGCACUGCGCUCUUGGUGCCGUGUGACAAACGUGAUGGCCGUUCCCGAGCGGCCUGCGCGCCCCGUGCGCCCCACGCGGUGCACAUAGUCCUCCAUAUGGUUGGGCGAGUCGUAAUUGACCACCAAAUUCAGGUCCUUCACGUCCAAUCCGCGCGACGCAACAGACGUAGCAACCAAUAUGUCAAUCACGUUGCUCUUGAAAUCAGAAAUGAUGCCGUCCCUGUCGAUCUGCUCUUUCCCGCCAUGCAGCGACAGCGCUGGAUACCCUCUGAUGAUGAGCUGAUUAGCCAGACUGUCGCAGCUGUCCUGCUUGUCGACGAAAAUUAGUAUUUUUCCCGAGUCGGUGCUCUGGAAGCGGGCCAGAACCUGCACCAAACGGCCGAAUUUCUGCUCCUCGUCCAGAACCUCGAACUGCUGCGUGAUCUUGUCGUUCACCAGAUUCUUGGCGCCUACAAGCACCUCGACCGGGUCCGUCAAACACCGCCUUGCAAGAGCCUCCAUCCGCGGAGGAAAUGUUGCCGAAAAUAGAACGGUCUGCCGGUCAGGCCUCGUCACCUUCAGGAUCUUCAUGACCUGUGGCUCGAACCCCAUGUCAAACAUGCGGUCGGCCUCGUCCAGAACGAGGUACGUCACAUGGCUGAGCCGCAGAACGCGGCCAUUGUUCGCGCACAGCAGAUCAAUGAUCCGUCCCGGCGUGCCGACUACCAGGUCGCAGCCUUUCUUGAUCUCCGCAAUUUGUUGACUAAUAGACUGUCCGCCGUAGCAGCAGCAACCACGCAGCUUGAGCGCCUGGAGGAAAACACUGCUUUCGUGGAAGAUCUGCAUAGCCAGCUCCCUGGUUGGCGUCAUCACCAGAGCACGCACAGACGGCGCCGCUGGGUUCGCAAGCAGCUGGCGAAACAAAGGCAGCAGGAACGCAAGGGUUUUUCCAGAGCCAGUCUUGGCAAUUCCAAUCAGAUCGUGGCCGCUCAUCACGUUCGGGAGAGCCUCGCACUGGAUAGGCGUGGGAGCCUCGAAACCGAGCGAGUCCAGCGCACUCCGUAGCGAAAGAGGCAGUCCCAGAUGGUCCCACGUGAUGAUAGGCCGGGCAACAGAUUUGCCACGUACGGUGAUCGCGUCGCGCAGCCGCAAAGAGUUCACCUCGUCCGGCGACAGCGAGCUGAUGAACACGCUCUCCUUGUAGAGGCGUCUGGUGUACGGGUGCUCGCUGGGAGGGUGCUCGGGCACCGACUUCUUGUUCUUCUCGUUGAUGGCCUGCAGCAGUUUGGCCGGGUCCAGGUUUUCUGCGUCGGCGUCCGUUUCUGACGGGACCUCGUCGUCGCUCUCAAAGAGCGCGGCAGAGCCUUCUUUGUGUUGGCUGUUUUCCAUGUUUUCCAGCAGCGUGUCCAGGUCCAGCGGGCCGUCCUCGCUUGUCUGCUGCGUGUGUUCUGCCGGCCCGUCCAGCAGGUUUUUGCGCACCAGACGGGUGGGUUUUCUAGGCGUCGUUUUUGCCUUUGCCGUGAACUUGACAGGCUUUUUCUCGGCCUCGGCCUCUUUCUUCUUCUUCCACGCCGCUAGCUUUGCCAGCCGCGCGCGUCGCUUCUCUUCUGCACUGGUUAAUGGCUGGCCCGUUACUCCAGGGCUACUUACAGCAUCAGGAAACAUGCUCACAAUAAGUAUUUUUUUUUUAUUGAUUUAUUUUAUCCUCUGAUCGCAUUUUCCUUGCUCAUAUGCUUUGCUCGCCUAAUGUCUAAUUUCCGCAGCCUCCAUCCCAAAUACGGGUCGAUCGCGGACCCCGGCACGGAAGAAAAGCCCCACAAGCUCAACACGAUGAACGGGGUCACGCUUCCCACGAUCCUCAACGUGCUGUCUAUAUUGAUGUUCUUGCGAUUCGGCUUUGUUCUGGGCCAGAUGGGCAUUCUGGGCACGCUGCUGCUGCUGGUUAUGAGCUACGGCAUUGAUCUUCUCACAACGCUGUCGGUGAGCGCCAUCGCCACCAACGGGACCGUCAAGGGCGGCGGGGCGUACUAUAUGAUCAGUCGCAGUCUGGGGGUGGAAUUUGGCGGCGCCAUAGGCAUCAUCUUCUACAUUGGCCAGGUGCUGAACUCUGCACUGAACGUGGCCGGCCUGAUUGAGCCGCUGCUGUACAAUUUCAACAGCCAGACCGGCGUUGUGUGGAAACUGCUGCCCACAGACUACUGGUUCCAGUUUAUGUACAGCACUGUGUUUUUGGCUCUGUGCACGGUGAUCUCGCUCAUUGGCUCGCAGACAGUUUCGAAAGCCGGGUCGCUGCUGUGUUUUCUGUUGAUUCUGUCGACGCUGUCGGUGCCGCUGUCGUCGCUGGUGGUGGCUCCGUUUUAUUCGGAGGAAAACGACGCCUUCUACACGGGCAUCUCCUGGGCCACCUUCACAGAAAACCUGCUUCCGCACUUUACGCAAGGUGCGGCGGGCUCGCAACUGCCGCGCAAGGAGAAUUUCAGAGACGUGUUUGGCAUUUUCUUCCCUGCUACGGCAGGCAUCUUUGCUGGCGCGUCCAUGAGCGGCGACCUGAAAAACCCGUCCAAAUCCAUCCCGCUAGGAACGCUGAGCGGGCUGUUGAUCACGUUUGUGUGUUAUCUUCUGGUGAUCAUCUCCAUGGGAUGCUCCAUCCCGCGCGAACUGCUGUACAAAGACGUGCAAGUGCUCCAGACGGUCAAUCUCUCGCCCGCGCUGAUAAUCAUCGGCGAGGUAUCGACGUCAGUGUUUUCGGUCAUUGUCGGCCUUGUGGGCGCGGCAAAACUGCUCCAGGCGAUCGCAAUCGACGAGAUUCUGCCCGGGCUGCGCGUUUUCGGCACAGACUCCGUCUACGGCAUCCUCUUCACGUGGCUGCUGUGCCAGCUGUUUCUGUUUGCCGACGUCAACCAGAUCGCCACGCUCAUCACCAUGGCCUUCCUCAUGACGUUUAUUGUCACCAACGUGGCCUGCUUCCUCUUGAAACUCGGCUCUGCUCCCAAUUUCAGGCCCAGCUUCCGCUAUUUUGGCACAACCACCGCCCUCAUGGGCACACUGGCGUCUGGAGCAGCCAUGUUCAUCGUCGACGGCAUUUCGGCGUCUUUCAUCUUCAUCAUGCUGAUGGCCCUCGUCCUGUUCAUCCACUACAUCUCGCCCCCAAAACAGUGGGGAGACGUGUCGCAGUCUCUCAUUUACCACCAGGUGCGCAAGUAUCUCCUGAAAUUGCGCCAGGACAACGUCAAGUACUGGCGUCCGCAGAUUCUGCUGCUUGUCGACAACCCGCGAACGAGCUGGAAAUUAAUUAAUUUCUGCAACCACCUGAAAAAAGGCGGUCUUUACAUCCUCGGCCACGUCAUGGUGGUGGACAGUUUCCAGGACAGCGUGGCCGAUUUGAACCGCCAGCGCUCCGCGUGGAUCAAGCUCCGCGACGUGUCUAAGGUGAAGGCGUUUGUGCAGAUCGCCAUCGCGCCGACGUUCUGCUGGGGAGUGCGCAACGUGUUUCUGGGCUCUGGACUGGGCGGAAUGAAACCAAAUAUUACCAUAGUCGGGUUCUAUGACUUAUCAAACUACAAGGCGCAGAAACUGCCCAAGAGCAUGAAGUUCGAGUCCAAAACGCCGGAAUUCUCAAAACAAGUGAACGUGAACAUCUCAGGACUGCCCACAGAUACUUGCAUCCAGGAGGACCAUAUAGGUCUGUGCAACUGGGUGCAGGUGCUGGAAGACCUGUCGCUGCUGGACAGCAACAUUGCCGUCGCGAAGGGGUUUCCGCGACUGCACAUUCCAAGCAACUUGGAGAACCAGCUCCAGGACUCUCAGCAACGCUAUAUCGAUCUGUACCCGAUCCAGAUGUCUAGUCACGUGACCAACAAAUCGGGCAAGAGCAUCAGGACCAACAACUUUGACACGUACACCUUGAUUUUGCAGCUGGGCGCCAUUCUGCACACGGUGCCGUGCUGGAAGAAGACGCACCGGCUGCGUGUGGUGGUGUUUGUGGAGUACAAGCGGGACGUUGCUGAGGAGAAGCAGCGGCUGCGGUCGUUGCUUGAGAUUUUGCGAAUCAAUGCCGAGGCGGUAGUCCUUUGCUUGGAGUCGGGCAACUUUGGCACGUACAAUUACAUUGCCAAGGGCGAGAAAGACGGGUUUGACGCGGACAGGGUGCACUCUCGUCUGGAGAACGACGAUUGGUGGCAGGCCGUGUUGGAGAUGCGCAGUUCAGCUGCGCCGGCACCCAAGCCGGUGGCCAAUAUUCAGAUCAAUUCCAAGGUGGUGAGGAAAUUUCGUGCGGGCAACAAAAAGCGGUACUCGGGCAGCUACAUGCGCAAGAACGGCGUGGCGUUCUCGAUGGUUUCCAACGACGCCUCGUCGUCAGAGGACGACUACUCGUUUUCCGACACCGAGUCGGUUGUCUCGUCAGCGUCGUCGAUAUCACGCCACGAGCCCCAUCCGCCCACAGUGCCCGUCUACAAGUCGUCCGUGCAGCAUCUGCGGCGGCCAAUGCUGCGAAACCUAAAGUCGUCCACGUCGCUGCUGCGCCAGAAAGUUUCCACUUUUUCUGCUGACACAAUGCCCAAUUCUCAAGUUUUAGAAAACGCACAGGGUAACGAGCCCUCCAUAAUGUUUGUUCAGGACGGCGCCGAGCCAGGCCCGCUGUCGGGCAGCGCGUCGCCCGCGUUUGCAGCCACGGCCUACGACGAGUCGGUGUUCUCGUUCAACGAGCUGAGCAGUACGGCGCAAUAUCUAAUUCUGAACGAGCUCAUGAGCACUACGUCUGCCAAUGCAGCCCUGAUCUUCUCGACGUUGCCUGUUCCGGAAAUCGGGCUUCACAAGGACGAGAAGAGCUGCCUGGACUACGUGACCGGUCUUGACACCUGGUGUAACGGACUUCCUCCAACGCUAUUGAUAAAUGCCAAGACUGUUACCGUGACUACAAAUCUGUAA